UUUCUGUGCCGAGCAUUCAGUUGACUCAUUGUCCGCUGUCCAACUGGUAGUUUCUUAUAGCCAGUAGGAUACCGAAUUGUAUCAAAAGCCCAUCAGCUUGAAGAAAGUUGAAAGAACAUGAUUCGGAUUGACUGGUAGUUAUAAACUUACACACUGUCGAAAACUGUCCAAUAGUAAAAUACUUAAAACUGUAACAGAACGUAGUUAAUUGUGAGCGAGGUUUAAAUUUUGAUAAAAAUUAUCCUUAAUUGUCCAAAUCCUGCUAUUUGAAAACAUUUCUACAUAUUCUAGAAUUAAUGGCUACAUAGCUCAGUUGUAAAAGAGAUACCUGAGAUUGCCAAUUCACACUAACUUUGUACAGUUUUUGAUACUUGUGCAAAACAAUGGGACCUUUGGGUAGGAAACACGUCGAACUGGCUCGUCACUGGCUUCCAUCUGUUAUGUCAUAUGGAACUGCUGCUACGUUAGCAGGUCUCUACUUCACAGAUUGGAAAGUAGUUCUGCAGUAUGUACCGUUCUACAACACCAAAUUCCAACAAUAACUUCAAGCAAGAAACAAUGUAUAAAUAUGGAUUAGUUAUAAUAGUUGUAAUAAAUUUAUUCAUCCGUGUCACAUUUUAAGAUGACACAGCAAACAAACUUGUGUACAUUCAAAUACAUAAUCCUAUCGUA